CAGGAUCAUCGACUUACAAUUAAGCGAUAGACACACUCUCGCUUUGAGGAGCAUCUCGUCAUCGCAUCCCAUCAUCACCUGGACGGUAACCAUCACGGCACUCACUGCACCAGGUACUAAAACUACAACACCAAAAAAAAAUGUCGUCACACGAAGAGGCCCGCCUCAGCCCAGAAUCGCUGAGCAGAGCUCCCGAAAUCGCCGGCAAGCCCGAGGCCGCAGCCGCAGCCGCAGACGUGGGCGGCGUGGUCAGCAGCGGCGGCGGCAGCUGACAAUCAAGGAUGGCGCAGCGCCUCCAGUUCCUCAAGCGGAAACGCUACGCCUUCCCCAUCGGCCUGCUGCUCAUCAUCGGCGCCGGCCUGGCCGGGCUUGCUGCUCUGCGCAAUGGCGGCAGCGGUCCGGGCUCGGCCGCUGACUCUGGCGAUAGCGGCAGCGCGGCGGCCAUCACGAGCGACGUGCACUUUUACGGCCAGUCGCCGCCCGUGUAUCCAUCUCCAAACAUGACAGGCGUUGGUCCCUGGGCGGACGCCUUUUCCAAGGCCAGGGCACUAGUCGCGAACAUGACGUUGAGCGAGAAGAUCAGCCUGACGGGCGGCACGAGCUCCAAUACGAGCUGCCCGGGCUUUGUUGGCGCCAUCCCGCGACUCAACUUCACGGGCCUGUGCCUGGCUGACGCCGGCAACGGCGUCAGGGGCACCGACUUUGUCAGCAGCUGGCCCAGCGGCAUCCACGUCGGCGCCAGCUGGAACCGCGCCCUCACGCACCAGCGCGGCCAGGGCAUGGGCGGCGAGUUCCGCACCAAGGGCGUCAACGUGCUCCUGGGCCCCGUUGUCGGCCCCGCCGGCCGCGUCGUGCUGAGCGGCCGCAACUGGGAAGGCUUCUCUGUCGACCCCUAUCUCGCUGGGGCCCUCGUCUUCGAAACUGUCCAGGCCGUGCAGGCUGUCGGGGUCACGACCAGCACCAAGCACUUCAUCGGCAACGAGCAAGAGACCAACCGCAACCCGUCGACCAGCAGCGGAGUGACCACGGAAGCCGUGUCGUCAAACAUUGACGACAAGACAAUGCACGAGCUGUACCUGUGGCCGUUCCAAGACGCCGUGCGCGCCGGCACGGGGACCGUCAUGUGCUCGUACAACCGCGUCAACAACUCGUACGGCUGCGCAAACAGCAACCUCCUCAACGGCCUGCUCAAGACGGAGCUGGGCUUCCAGGGCUUCGUGGUGACCGACUGGGGCGCCCAGCACGCCGGCGUGGCCACGGCUCUCGCCGGCCUGGAUAUGGCCAUGCCGAACCCCGACCCCUUCUGGGGCUCCCACCUCGCCGCCGCCAUCGGCAACGGAUCCGUGCCCGAGAGCCGCCUCGACGACAUGGUUACGAGGGUCAUCGCGGCGUGGUACCGGAUGGGUCAGGACAAGAACUACCCCGCGCCGGGCAUCGGCAUGGCCUCCGACCUGCUCAAGCCCCACGCUAUCGUCGACGCCAGGAACUCGACGUUCCGCUCGACGCUACUCGACGGCGCCAUCGAGGGCCACGUGCUGGUCAAGAACACCCGCGGCGCCCUGCCCCUGAAGACCCCCCGGAUGCUGUCGCUGUUUGGCUACUCGGCCAAGAAUCCCGACCACAACUCGCCGUCGGCGAUAGCGUGGACGUUUGGCGCCGAAUCUUUUAGCGUUUCCGACCUGCUGGCUGGAUUCAUGGGUCCUGGGACCGUGGGUACGGUGCCCGUGGGGAUCAACGGCACGCUGUACUCGGGCGGCGGGUCCGGCGCGCCGUCGCAGUCGCUGAUGGUGUCGCCAUUCGACGCGCUGGUGCAACAGGCGUACGACGACGGGACGGCGCUGUUCUGGGACUUUACCAGCGCCAAGCCGUCGGUCAACCCGGCAUCGGACGCGUGCCUCGUGUUCGGCAACGCCUUCGCCACCGAGGGCUCGGACCGGCCGGCGGCGCGCGACGACUUCACGGACGGACUGAUCCGGCACGUGGCCGACCAGUGCAACAACACCAUCGUGGUGCUGCACAACGCCGGCAUCCGGCUCGUCGACCAGUUCGUCGACCACGCCAACGUCACGGCGCUCGUCUUCGCCCACCUGCCCGGCGAGGCGUCGGGGAGAGCCCUCGCCGCGCUGCUAUACGGCCGCGCCAACCCGUCGGGGCGCCUGCCCUACACGGUCGCGCGCAACGAGUCCGACUAUCCGGCGCUCAACCCGGACCUGCCGGCCGGCGACUUCGCGCGCUUCCCCCAGUCCAACUUCUCCGACGGCGUGCUCGUCGACUACCGCCACUUCGCCGCGCGAAACAUCACCCCGCGCUACGAGUUCGGCUUCGGCCUCAGCUACACCGCCUUCAACUACAGCAACCUGUCUGUCGAGAAGGCUUCCAUUCCUCCCCCCAACAGCACAACCACAACAAACACAACCCAGCUCUUCGCGCCGCACCCUUCGGGCGCGGUGCGCGAGGGCGGGCCCGAAGAUCUGUACGACACGCUAGUCCACAUCUCGGCCGACGUGACCAACACGGGCGCCGUCGCCGGCGCCGAGGUCGCCCAGCUGUACGUGCGGCUGCCGUCGUAUGCUGGCGUGCCGCAGCUACGCGGCUUCGACAAGCCGUUCCUCAACGCCUCACAGACGGCUGCCGUGCGCUUCGAGCUCACGCGCAGAGACCUCAGUGUCUGGGACACGGCUGCGCAGAAGUGGCGCCUGCUACCCGGCCGCUAUGCGGUUGCUGUAGGCCGCAGCUGCAGAGACACGCCGCUUGUCGGUGAGGUGGUUAUUCCGUAGUGGGCUGGCUGCGUUUUUUCUAUUUAACGUGUUUCGGGGCUCUCUCUCGAGCGUUUCGCAAUACAUCAUGGGUACAUACCCACGGCCACUUGAAAUUCAAGCAGUUAGUUAGUUUAGCGUUGGGCGUUUAGGAGCGGGUGGGGGAAAUGACUAGGAAGAGACUG